AUGCGAGAGGGUGAGACUCUGAAAACUUAUUCGGAUAGAUACUGGGAAAUGCUUAAUGAGAUAGAGGGAGAGCAUGAUGAUAUGGCCAUAAGCACUUUCAAGGCCAGUCUUCCACCUGAGCAUGAUUUGAGGAAAUCUUUAACUGGUAAACCUGUUACUAGUGGAAAAGGAAAGGCUAAGGUGAUCCCUCAGGAAAGGAGGGAUUUCAGGUUGGACCGGUACAACAAUAACCGACCUCGGAAAGACUUUGCUGGGCAAUCAGGUUCUGCCAACACCCAGGCGAUUAAUGCUGUGUUUCGGGAGCCAGUGCAACAAGAUCAUAGGCACACAAUUGAGAAUUGCAGGAAUUCAUGGGACCAUUUGGACCAGCUAGUCCGAGAAAGGAAGUUGAAGCAACUCUUGCAUCAUUCUAGUGGUCGGGUAAGCCAAGCAGGCUCGAAGAUGUGGGGAGAUGCUUCUUUGAGACUUCCCCUUGGCACAAUAAACAUUAUUUUUGCUGCCCCAGGGAGGACUGGAUCUUGUCCUUUUAGAGUAAUGUCAGUAUCCCGAUCUCCAGCCGAGGAGUAUAGCUCAGUGUCUAAAAGAGCUAGGAUGGACAUCCCGUUGGUUUUGGGUUUUUCAGAGGAGGACAAGAUUGGAACCAUACAACCCCAUGAUGAUGCUCUUGUGGUUACGCUGAGAAUUGGCGGGUACGAUGUGAAAAGGGUGAUGAUUGACCAAGGUAGUGCUGCUGAUAUAAUGUACCCUGACUUGUAUAAGGGGCUAGGUUUGAAGUCUGAGAACCUGGCGGCCUACAGUCCCCCUCUGGUGAGUUUUGAGGGAAGAAUGGUCAUCCCAAAAGGUCAGAUCACAAUACCUAUGCAGACCGGUGCAGAUGUGGUGGAAGUGGAUUUCAUUGUUGUAGAUGUCGUCUCUCCAUACACGGCUAUUAUGGGCAGACCUUGGCUUCAUACCCUGGGAGUCAUCUCCUUUACUCUACACCAGAAGGUGAAAUACCCAUCUGGAGGCCAGGUUUUGGAGAUAGUAGGAAGUCAGGUUGCAACCCGACAAUGCCUGAUAGCGGCUAUCCAAUAUCGGGCAGAGGUGGAGACCUCGGCUACCGCCAAUAAUGGUUUAUAG